GUGAAGUGAAAAAAGAACAGUGUUUUUCUUUAAGAAAAUAUUGCUAUCAUAUGAUCACAAAUUGGAUACUGUUCAGGUUUUCCAAAUAACUCCAUACAAUGAUCAUCCUGUGCACUAAGUAUGUAAAUCAAAUGAAAUUAAAACAUACUCAUGUGUGGAAAAGGGAGAAAUUAUACCUGUAUUAAAAUGAAUCCUUGCUUUCAUGAAACCAGCAAUGUCAAUGUUACUUUGGCUGGAAAGUCUGUUGACCUCACUGAAGGAUUUCUGAAUUCCUCUUGUAGAAGAAAGAGUCAAAGUUUGCAAUCUGGACUUGUCAGCUGCCAGCAAUGUAAAUUUUAUUUUAGCUGGAAUCUGAUAAUGGACUCAUGAAGUUCAAGAUAACAAAGACUCUGACUCAAAGCAUCAACAUCUACUACCAUUUUAAACUGAUAGGAAGACUGCAGAGGCCGUGAGAGAGUUCAGGGUCUGUGCAACUGGCAGAGUCAGAAGGAAACUACUGAUUUGAAACAGCAGUUGAGCAUUCCCCUGUUGCCAUUUUUUCUGCCAGGGCUGCCUUUCCCACAAACCAGGGCCCUUUGAAUUCUCAAUCCACAAGUUCAACCUUUAGUCAAACAAUAGGUCAGGCAACGCAAUCAAGUAGCACGUCUUUCUUGCUGCAAAUGUUAAGCUUUAGGGUGCAGUUGCUGAGCAGCUACAACCUACAAUUUACAAGCCCUGGCAUUUUUCCUGUGUGUUAUGUGUUUUUAUGCACUAUUACUGGUUUUACUAAUUAGCUGCACAGCAUAAUUAUGUAUUCAACACACACAUGCAUGGUAGUUUUGCGUCUGGCAUGUGUAUCUUUGCCAUUCUUUGAGCUUUUCUAUUUUACUAGGGAUUUAUAUAUUUUGACUAAGUAGAACACGUGUAGCUACCUGCAAGUUCUGAUAGCUUCAGCUGAGCAUCAGGCUGGUUUUCACUCUCAGUUCAAGAAUGGGCAAAAAGUUAGGGAAGACUCCAUUGUAACUGCUGGGAUCAGUUGAUGGGCGAACCUAUUUUCUCUGCCAUAGGGACACCUAUUGGGUAAGAACCACACUCUAUGUGCACUGAAUACUUUUAUUUGGGAUUAAGCCUUGUCUGUGUAUUGCUUUGAAUACAUUCUUGCACUCAGGUAAUAUCACCGGCAGUCUUCAAACCAUAACGUGUCACAAUUUUGUAUUAAUAAAGAGUGUAAUUCUGUAACCUGUCAGCGUGAGUCCUUCACAGGUGCUGGCAGCUGCCAGCAGUGGGUAACGCACUUGAAUAAGGUGGGAAGACCUGCUAAGGGGUCUCCCUUAUGCUGUUGGUGUAUUUCCCUGAAUAAGUCGGUCAAACUGCCCUCCAGUCCAGCAGGACUGUUCAGUGAAGCGUCCCCCCAUGAUGGGGCGCUGACAGAAUAGUUGAGCACAAGGGUCUCAGCUUUCCUGGGGCACUGACAGAUGAAUAAAACACUGAGAGGCAAGGAAAACUCCCCAUAGUAAGGGUCAAGGAAAUCUCCCCUUUUCACGUGACAGUCAUAUAUGGCAGCUCUAUGGCAUAGAGGAGUUGGGAGUGAAGGUUAAGCUAAAAAAAUGGAUGCAGUGGGGGAGAAGAUGUUGUUUUAAUUUUUGUCUUUGUUUCUCACUAUCCAAGUCUAUUUUAAUUUGUAGUAAAUUAAAUUAUUUAUCCCUAAAUGGAAUCUGGUUUGCUUAUAAUGGUAAUUGACAAGCAAUGUCCUUGUCUUUAUUUCAACCCAUGACCUUUGUCAUCUUAUUUCCUGUCCCUGUCCUUUGUGGAGGGUAUGUGGUUGAAGACAGAUUUACACUGUAUGUUAUAUUGCAUUUAAUUGUGACAUAAUAUACUCCACCUGUGGCCAACCCAUGGCAUGUAAGAACAUAUCACAACUAAUAACUAAUAUUAGGACUGUAUUUUAAGUGGUAGAAGCCACCUUGUUGCUGCUGUUAUUCAACCUCAGCAUUGCUAAUGUCCUUGUCACGUUAAAAAGAUGUAGGCAUAGAAAUAAAUACAUUUCAAACAUUCUCACUGUUGCUAUUCUUACCUUCUUCCUCUACUGAUGUUAUCAUGUGAGGUCUAAUUUUUUUAUCAAUUUCCAAAAGCCCUUGUCAUUUUACUGUCUAUUAUGUGCCAGUCCUACACCUGCGGUGCUAUAUAAAUGCUAAUAAUACAUCAAUAUGCUCAUUCUUUAUGAGUUCUGUAGGUGGAAUUCCAUCUGGUUUGUAUAUGCCAACUGAGAUGCUGGUGUGAAAUGUCAUUGUUGUUCAGAAUUUGUGAUGGCUUAUGAGCAGUUGGGAAAUGACAGGGAAAAAAAUCACAAAACUGGAUGUGCCUAUAAUUUGAACAAAGACAUCCAGCCUGUGCUUGAGAUGGUGGCUAUCACUGGUGCAGAAUACCCAAGUCCUUAUUCUCUGGAAAGCUAUAGUGAAGCAAUUUCGAUAUUAACUAGCCUUUUCAGCUUUUCCUGAAUAUUUUCAGCUCAACCUUAUGUGUUUAAGAGAGUUUUGAUACUCAGAGUACUGAUAUUUCUUUCACAAAAUGUACCUACUUUGGACUUUGAGAGUGAAUAGUGGGAACUUGAAGCAUCCCAGGCUCCCAGAAAAGCUUUCCUACCUUCAGCAAUCUAACUGGUCUCAAAUGGGCAGGUCCGCAGUUCCAGAAAGAUCAGUUGUGGCUUCCAUAUAGCCAUGCAGGAACUCACCAGCAGGUAGUGAUGUGCAGGGUCAGAGUAAGUUUGUGCAAAAAUAUGAUGAGUCUAUGAACAUAUUUUUUUAACUAUUCUCUAGGCUGAAAUUGUAACCUUUCCCAUGAGAUACUGAUGGAUUUGACUGAAUUCGACUAAGAAAACUUGAUCUUAAGAACCCUGAAGUCUUAAGCUAGAGAAUAUAGAGAAUAAUUUUGCAAAUUUUCCCAGUUCCAAAUUUGAUGAUACCUGGAAGUGUCCUCACUGGCUAAUCUAAAUUGUAUUCUUAGCUGCUCCAAGUAUUCAUCACUUGCCAAGGAUUAAUGUUACUAUGGAUUACAAAAGGAAGCAAUUCAGUGCUUCAUUGGUAAAGAGGAAACAAGUUUUCCCUUAUUUUCAUCUCUUGACCACUUCCACUGGAACAGAUUGUGAUCAAGCCUAAACCAAGAACUUUCAAAACCAGGAACUCCUGAUAAUUAAUAGAAAUUAGCCUUUUAAAUAGUACUUGUAAACUGCUUGGUGCACAGCCUAGAUACAUAUCUGUCACAGAAAUAGACUGGAGCUGUUUUGUGGAGUGAGACUCAGAAAUGGAAGUGUUUUAUUGCUCUCAGAAAAUCAUAUCAUCAUCCUGGGUUAAGGCUGAUUAGGCAGCAUGAGAGCUGAGAAACACAGAAGCCAGGGACAGCCCCGGGGCUGGAGAGGAGGAGGGGACAGAGGAGGAGGAAGGCAGCUGCUUGCCUGCCCUCCUCACAGCCUGCCAAGCUGCCAGCCAGUGAUGCCCCUAUGGCCAGGAGCAGGAGCAAGACCACCCUCUGCACAUGGCUCCUCUGCCCUGCGCUACUUGGCUGUUUCUUGCUGGGCUUUCUUACAGGAUGGUUGACAAAACUGUGUGAAAAAACCCUCAACUCUUCGGUUGUCUACCAAAAUGUGAGACAGAAACUUGCGGCUGAAAUGAAAGCAGAGAAUAUCAAGCACUUCCUUCGCUCAUUUACUAGGUUGCCUCAUCUCGCAGGAACCGAACAGAAUCUUAUUCUUGCCAAACAAAUUCAAGGCCAGUGGAAGGAAUUUGGAUUGGAUUCAGCUGAACUUGUUCACUAUGAUGUGCUUCUUUCAUACCCAAAUGAAAAGCAGCCAAACUACAUCUCAGUAAUUGAUGAUCAAGGGAAUGAGGUUUUCAAUACGUCAUUGUUUGAACCACCUGCACAGGGCUAUGAAAAUAUUACUGAUAUACUACCACCAUAUAAUGCUUUUUCAGCACAAGGAGUGCCAGAGGCAGAUCUGGUCUAUGUGAAUUAUGGCCGUACGGAAGAUUUUUUUAUGCUGGAGCGUGAAAUGGGAAUUAACUGUACAGGAAAGAUUGUCAUUGCCAGAUACGGGAAGAUCUUCAGAGGAAACAAAGUUAAAAAUGCCAUAUUAGCAGGAGCCCAAGGGAUCAUACUUUAUUCAGACCCUGCUGACUACUGUGCCCCAGGAAUAGAUGCUUAUCCAGGUGGCUGGAACCUUCCAGGUGGAGGAGUCCAGCGUGGGAAUGUAUUAAACCUGAAUGGAGCUGGGGACCCUCUAACACCAGGUUAUCCUGCCAAAGAGUACACUUUCAGGUAUAAAGUUAAUGAAGGCGUAGGGAUUCCCAGAAUCCCAGUUCACCCCAUUGGAUAUCAUGAUGCAGAACUAUUACUGAGUGCAAUGGGAGGACCUGCAGCUCCAGACAGCAGCUGGAAGGGAAGUCUCAAUGUGUCUUAUAACAUAGGGCCAGGAUUCACAGGCAACUCUUCUACAAGAAAAGUCAGAAUGCAUGUUCAUACAAGUAAUAAAAUAACACGAAUUUACAACAUCAUUGGCAUCCUCAGAGGAGCCGUGGAACCAGACAGAUAUAUCAUUUUAGGUGGUCACAGAGACUCUUGGGUAUUUGGUGGUAUUGAUCCAACUACGGGUGCAGCUGUUCUGCAAGAAAUUGUACGGAGUUUUGGUAAAAUGAAGAUGGAAGGUUGGAGACCUAAGCGAACUAUUAUUUUUGCAAGCUGGGAUGCAGAAGAAUUUGGAUUAUUGGGUUCCACAGAGUGGGCUGAGGAAAAUGCUAAAGUCCUUCAGGAACGGGCAGUUGCUUACAUCAACACAGAUUCUUCUAUAGAAGGGAACUACACAUUAAGAGUUGACUGCACCCCUCUUCUCUACAAACUGGUGUAUAAUCUGACAAAAGAGAUUUUAAGUCCUGAUGAGGGUUAUGGAAAUAAGUCUCUUUAUGAGAGCUGGCUUGAGAAAGACCCUGGAACUGAAAAUAAUAGCUAUCCAAGAAUAAAUAAACUGGGGUCAGGCAGCGAUUUUGAAGCUUACUUUCAGCGACUUGGAAUUGCAUCAGGCAGAGCUCGUUACACCAAGAAUAGGAAAGCAGACAAAUUCAGCAAUUAUCCUGUUUAUCACACUGGGUAUGAGACAUUUGAACUAGUGGAAAAAUUUUACGACCCCACUUUCAAGAAACAGCUAACAAUUGCCCAGUUACGAGGAAAACUGGUUUAUGAACUGGCAGAUUCCCAGGUCAUUCCAUUCGACUGUCGAGAUUAUGGAGAAGCCUUAAAAGGAUAUAGCAAUAGAAUUUAUAAAUUGGCCAAGAAGCAUGAAGAAAAGUUGAAACUUUACAAAGUGUCAUUUGAUCCUCUUUUUUCUUCUGUGGUGAACUUCUCAAAGGCUGCUGAUGAAUUUCACAGGAGACUUGAACAAGUGGACAAGAAAGAUCCAGUCGCAGUGAGAAUCAUGAAUGAUCAGUUGAUGUUGAUAGAAAGAGCUUUCAUCGAUCCUCUGGACUUGCCAGGAAGGAGGUUUUACAGACAUGUCAUUUUUGCUCCAAGCAGUCACAACAAGUAUGCUGGAGAGUCCUUCCCAGGGAUCUAUGAUGCCAUGUUUGAUAUUCAAAGCAAAGCUGAUCAACAUGAAGCCUGGGAAGAAGUGAAGAGGCAAAUUUCCAUUGCAGCCUUCACUGUACAGGCAGCAGCAGAAACACUGAAGGAAGUAGCAUAGGAUGAUGGCUUUGAAAACUCCCACAUCAAAGUCUGACAUGCAGAGUGGUCAGGCUACCGCAGUGACCCAGUCUCCUCUGAAUGCCUGCCGUAUCUCAGUUUCCAACCUUCCAAAUGCAUGCAAAUGUGCUGGCAGGGUAAGCAGGAGCUUUGUGUGUCAAAAAACUCCUGAGCUAGAAAUUACUACAUCUCUGACACUGACAGAACUGCAACUUUAUGAACAGCCCCAGAUGGAAGCAAAUUUGGAUGUGGGGAGAGUGGGGAGGGUGGUGAGCAGGAACAAUCAGUUCCCAAUUAGAGUUUUCUGAAAGAUCUGCCAAUUUUGAGAACCUGUUGUUUUGGGUGGACCAUUACAGAAACUGUUAUUUGCCAAGCUACCUGUAACUUUUGUCCAUAGCAGUGAUCAACAUCACACAUUUUAAGAGAAAAAAUAUAACACUUUUCAGCCUGUGCCAUCUUUCUUGUUCUGAUAAUUACUUUUAUAAUAUAAGACAUCAAAGGCACUCCUGUGUUUUAGAAUAUAUAGAGCAGGACUGGUGAAUGUUCCUUGCUCUGUUUUGCUCUCUCUUUUCCUGAAAAAAAUAAAAUAGUGGCCUUCCCACUGAUGAAAUCCGAAGCAUGUUCUCAGGGGCGUAAAUGCCCAUCCCUCUGAAAGCCACUAUGUAUCUUCCUCCUUUAUUUGCACUCUGGGAAAUAAAGAUUUUGAGGGAUAACCAAAAGCUGUCAUCCCUGCUCUUUUGGGCACUUUCACUAGUCCCAAACCCAUGGCAGCUUUUGUUCCUAUUUUUUCCCAGGAGAUCUUUUUCAUGCAGAUACCUUUGUCCAGCUGAAAGAGCUGGAAGAAAUUGUCACUAUUGGCACGGGGUUUGAGAUUAUUCUGUGUUCAAAUAAGACUUGAAGAAAGAUUUUACAUUCAAAGAUAAACUGAAAUGCAUGAGGACGGUAAUUGUGCAAAACUGUUAAAUUUGUAAAAAAGAAAAAGGUUCUUGCUUCAUUUGCCCUUUAGAUGUAAUUCUCAUCCACAUGCUUUACAACUAAUAAAAAUGCUACAAUUUUAUUCGAUCA